UAAAUAAAAAAUUGAAAUCCAUGCUUCUGGAAUACCGAGUGCCCCUCCCUUGCCAGCCCUAAUCAAUUACCCCCCCGUUCAGAUUCACUCGUGGACCAUCGAGACUCCGUUGCCCAGUGCAACGUAAUAACUUAGACGCUUGGGCACGGUCACGCGAAAGAACGAUGAAGGGGAGUAAAAGUGCUGGGGAGCCGCGGGGCGGUAGCGCAUAUGAAAAGAAAACAGAAGCGGAGUAGACGCGCGGCGCGGUUCGCAAGGCUGCGACAAGGUAAAGUCAGCUAACUAUCCCGAGACCUCGAAGAGGAGCAACAGCAGCAGCAGCAGCAGCAGCAGCGGAGGAGAGUAUCCGAAGCAGAGGUACGACGGCCGGUCGGCUAGGUCGUGCGCGAACCGAGGCGAGGCGAGAGAGCAGAGGGAUCGGGCCGAGCGAGGAAAGGCGCAUUGGCCAGGCACGCCGAGCCAACGGGUCCAAAGCCGUCGGAGCUGGCCGGCUCUGGCGGCGCGUUCACCUCCCGCUCGAACCCAGUACGCUACGGACUCUCGCGCAGGCGAGAUUGCACCAAUCCGCUCGGUCGAUCCACAAACCACGUGCGCCACGAACAUUUAACCGGGAACCGGGCCUCUGUUUCGGGUGACCGAGUCACGUGUUUUCGGCGCCUCCUCACGACCGUUCAAACCCCGAGCACCAAAACUGAUCAUAAAAAGUAAAAAAAACGGUGAAUGCGAUUAUAAAUACGACCUAAGCUGUUCGUGACUGAAGACACGAGUUCACUUGCAGUGAGGAAUCGUUAAUUUCUGAAUCGAAUCAAACGGAGAAAAUAAUUCAGUGUUAAAAAAAUAAUUAAACGCCGGUUGACGAUGGCUCGUGAGGAACGAAGAAGAGUUAUCAGUUUUAACUUCUUUACUAACACCGUAAACUGAAAAGAUGAUCGCGCGCGAUGCGAACGAUAGCCGGUGGUUGUUGGCUAGGAGCAAAAGUGAAUUUUAUAAAGUGGAACGUUACACGAGCUCCGCCCAACGGUUUCAUUAAACCGAUUCAGUUCCGUGAAUACGGAAUGCGUUUUACUGGGUGGUCGUCCGCGAUGGGAGUUACGUUUUUAAUGAACGUCGCAAAGCAACUUUGCCAGCCCGGAUCGACGUAGAUCCGCGGCGGGUCAUUAAGCUACGAAACGGCGUGUUUUAAACCAGCGAGGGAAAACGGAAAAAUCCACUGAAAUCAGAUCAUGAAAUAUUUCCAUUUCCUAAUGCCAAGUUAAUUAAACCUACCGUUUGCGAUUGGUUCUCACGGUUGGAAUCGAUGCACGAAACGCAAACUCAUCGUCAGUAUUUGUUUCGCGUUCACCGUUUCGAAUGAAUUCGGAAUGGUCACGACGACGCGACGUGAUCCGUGAACGAGGUGAAAAUACGUGCGAACACGAUCAAUAACGAUCCGUUUGGGACCAGACCUGUUGAUUCGCCGCGUGCGAAACGAACGAGGAAGGAGGAGGCGGGGUAAAAGAAAAUCGCAGGAAGAGAAAAAGGCGAGCAAAGCACAGGAGGAGCAGGAUUGACGGGAUGCAGAAGAAACGGUGCCGGGCAAAAAACGGUUAAAGACGACAGAGAUACCAGGUUAAUUAGAUUAUCGACGGUCCCGGGAGCUGCUCCGGUUCACUCUGCCGGCAUGACGACCAUACAUGGUCCAGUGGCCUACGAACAGCCGGCUGUGUCGCGUGGGAGGUCGUCCCGCUUCCACGCUGAUUUUUCCAAUACACGGCAAUACAGAUUCGUCUGAUCGUCGACGAGAGACAUCAGCGUUCCGUAAGAAGUCACGCGCGAUGACUCGCCAAUCGGAAAGCUUGAGGGUACAGACAGCUCCGUCGCUCGGCGUCGACGAUCGCGUCUCAAGCGAACAUAUAAAAUCGCGUGUGAUGAGAAUGUGGCAACUUUCAGUUUCGGCGACCAAUCGGGACAGUAUACUAUAAAUCGAGAUUUCCGCGGAUCGUGUGUACGCAACGGUCGAUCAUUAAGCCCGCGAGGUGAAGCGUUAAGCGCGAUGAAAGUGUAGCAGAGCGUGUUAUGCAAAGCAGCAUCGGUGGAACCAGAAAAGCCUGAUCCGGUACGCAACGUCACUGUGAAACCCGCGGCAAUUGUCAUGAACGCGUGUCACCCCGUCGUCGACGACGUUUGGAAAAAAUCGAGUCAGACGUGAUUCUGAAUGAAACCGAGAGGAGAAGUGUCGACGAUGUUCCUAUAGGGAUCCGCGAUUUUUCGUCGUAAUUAUUCCACGGCAUUCGUUCCGCACGAACUUUGACCCUUGAAUUUCUACGGGAAGGAAUCCCCCGGUAAUUGAAUUGCAAAUCGGGCUUGUCGGUGGAACAUGGCUCGGUUCGGCAGCGUCUCGAGGUGAUCGAAAGUCGAACGGUGGCGAUCGCCAGGCACGAAGGCAACAAAUAUGUCGGUCGCUGGGACCAGAAGACUCUGCAGAGUGGGCCUGGUCGCCGUGCUGGUCACCGCGUUGUGCGUGUUGACUCUGCUAGAUUCACCACCGCCUCGACUCCCGGAUCCACCGGCGGACCCUCCUCCCACGCCUGGUGGCGAACCCCCGGGCACAAGGAGCAUCGUGGCUUACUCGUGGGCACGGAGAUUGGCACUCGAUUACAGACCCUCCAAGGAAUGCGACGGUAAUGGAACGUACGGAACGACGUUAAAUACGUUCAAGUUAGCCGACGCCAAGUGGCUCGAGACGAUCCCCGGACAGCUCUUCCUGUACAGUGCCCACUUGGACCUGAGAGUAGCCGGUUACCCGAGCCUCAGGGUGAUUGGCGUUAAGCGCGGACCUCUGCCGACUUCUGCCCUUUUCUGCACCGUUUGGUGA